ACACGCGCACACACGCACACACACUCCCACACAGAGACAGUUACAAGCUCCAGUUGUUCAGUCACAUGUCAUCCCCCUCCAACAACAAACACACACACAUACAUACACACAACUUAUUGCAGUCCUUUGCAAAAAGUUGACAUGCUCUUACACACAUUCGGUGCAACUCUACUCCUUUCUCUCUCUGGGCCUGCAGCAUAGAAAAUAACCAUGUCGUCUUCGGAGACUCGGAGCGCUUUGCCAACAGGCCGUGGGGUUAUCCGCACCAUGCCCGACCGCCUCUUCAUCGCCGAGAUGGUGUUUGGGGGUCUGGUGUGGAUGCUGCUGAUCUCCCCCGGGUCCCACUCGGCCCCGGUGCUGUGUUGGGUCAUGUUCUGCUCCAUCACCUGCUUCCUGGUCUCCACCAUCUGGCUCUGCGUCUUCUGCUGCGGAGCCAACGCGAGCAGAAUCUGGCUCAAACUGGAUGUUGUGUAUCAUGUCCUGGCUACACUUAUGUAUCUGAGUGCCUCCAUUUGUUUAGCUGUCAUGACCAACGCUCUGUCUGAACACAAGCACAUGAACUGGGUGGGGCCUAGCGUUGUGGCUGUUCUCUACAAGUACUUCAUCGCUGCUACGAUACUGGCCUUCUUCACAACCCUCCUCUAUUUCAUUCAUGCCAUCUACUCUGUGAUGAGAAGCAGAAGAGCUCCAUAUACGGCGAUAUAAACACAUGCAGCCAUCAGUGUUAUUGUAUGUAGGCCUAGCCUAGGCUACUGCUAUGGUUGUCAUUAUUCCUGUUGACAAUACAGUAUCUCUGUCAAAACCAAAACAAAAAGGAAACAUUCUUGUCAUAGCCUGUACUCAAAAUAAUGUAUCACAUCUGUAUCUGUCCUUUCAAAAACAAAACCUGCACAGUAUUGUUGACAAUAUGCUAUAGUUGUAAUAAUUGUAUGAUUGCCGACAAGAUAGAACAUGUAUGAAUUAAUAAUUGAUAAUAAUAAUAAUGAAUAAAUGACUGAAAAUAA